GACUAUCGGUAUCACCAAUUGCCGGUUUAUUUACAUUCUGCGAAUUUUUUCAAGCAAAUGUUCUUAAAAACAAAAUUUUCCAUGAUUUAGCAAUCACUAAGUGCACAAAUAAUCGCAUAAUUUAGUUAUAAUGUGUGCAAAUAGCCAACGCAAUCCCGCUCCUGGGACAACCAGCGCUAGCCCGUCGUGCUAUGAGGGUCGUCUAAGUUUGUAUUGUUUUGUGAUUACAGCGACCCUUGUUCUUAUCCCAUCGGUGCCGCAGAUCUACUAUGGCAUUGUGCCGAACGUAUGGGGUGCCGUCUUUUGGGGACCGGUCCUUUACUACGCCCUGAUCAAUAUGAUCAUACGAUUUGUGCUUAGAAAUAGCGACUACCAGGUGGCCAUACGGGCGUCGUUUCUGGGGUUCGUCGAGGCCGUGAGCAUACUAGUCAUUUGCUUUGCUCCUUCGUCUUGGCGACAGUUUGGGGUCUACGGGUGCUUUAUGGCAUUCUUCCAUUAUUCCGAGUUCCUAGUCAUAGCCUACGCCAAUCCGCGCACGCUGACCCUAGACUCGUUCAUGCUCAACCAUUCAGUGCACUAUGGGCUGGCGGCGGCGGCUAGCUGGAUUGAGUUUGCCCUGGAAGUGCACUUCCUGCCCGAGUUCAAACGCUUCGGAUACAUUUGGCUGCUGGGCAUGGCAAUGUGCAGCAUUGGUGAGCUAAUCCGGAAGUCAGCCAUCAUCACAGCCGGACGAAGCUUUACGCACCUCGUCCAAAAUGAGAAACACUCGGACCACAAGCUCAUUACGCACGGCAUAUACGCAUACUGUCGGCAUCCUUCCUAUGUCGGCUGGUUCUGGUGGUCCAUCGGUACACAGUUCAUACUGAUGAAUCCCAUUUGCAUCUGUGUCUACACGCUAGUCAGCUGGCUAUUCUUCCACGAUCGCAUCUACGUCGAGGAGUACUCCCUGCUCAAUUUUUUCCAGUCGGACUAUGUGCGCUAUCAGAAGCGAGUGGACACGGGCCUGCCCUUCAUAAAAGGCUAUCUUCUUGAGUAGCGGCGUUGUAGAGUUGAGGUCAGACACACAAACACACACAAAUCACAAACGAUCACGAAAGUACACAAAUUUCUAUCUUAUUCUAAGUUAAAAAAAUAAUCUUUUGUACAGCCGAAAAAACAGCUCAUUUACCAAAAUAAGUUUACAGAUAUUUUAACAUA